AUGGUAAUUCAUCCCACACGCCAUAAACAACAACAGUUGAAACAAAAUGCUCUCAGCCGAGCCGUUGAAAGCAACCGGCUCAAUGCAAAUUCAAAAGAUUUGAAUCAAAUAGAGCGCAAUUGUUUGGAAAAAUGGACGAAACAGGCCGCAGAACAGGCAAUCCGCGAGCGAGAAAAAGACCAGCAGCGAAUCGCUCUUAAGCAAGAGGCACAACGGCGACAAUGGUUGAUAGAAGAACAGGAACAGACACGGCGUUUGCAGGAAGCAAAUCGUCAAAAAAUCAACGAAGAAAAGCUACGACAGCAGCUACGCGAGUCGAAUCAAGAAAUGCGGGAACUUGAGUCAAAACUGCGCGCUGCAUAUGUAGCAAAAGGUAUCGCUGCCCAACUAGCGGAAGCAGAACUGCGAAAGAAAGCUGAACGGUUGCAGGCCCGUAAAGAGAUGGAUGAAAUGCAAAGGCUGAAGGACGAAAACAUAGCAUACAUGCAGCAAAAGCAAGCGAGCGAGGAAAAUGAAAAGCGAAUUCUUCGUUCGGCACUACAGCAACAAAUGCAUGAUGGGCGCUUAGAAAAGAAAUGUCUGUAUGAAGAGUUCCUUAUGGAGAAAACAUAUUUGGAUGCAGUGGUGAAGAAGAUACAAGAUGAACAUUUGGAAGCAGUUCAACGGAAGCUGCAACAACAACGUUGCACGCGUCAAGAAAUGGAACAUUUUCAGGAGGCCAAGGAAACGUGGAAAGCUCGACAAUUACUACUGGAUGAGGAAGAAAACGAGCGGAUACGAAAAUAUGUCCAAGAAAAGGAUAUGUUGAAACAAAUGGAACAAACGCAAAAGGAAGAAAUUGACCAGAAACGAAUGCAGCUUAAUGAGGCCAUGAAAGCGUCCUUGGAAAAAGAAAUAAAUGAGCAAAGAAAUCGCGAAGAAAUGCUGCAAGAGCUAUACAUGGCGGAGCGGAACGAGAAAGAAGAGAUUCAGCGUCAGCAACAGUUGGAGGAACAGAUUCGGAAAAGAAUUGCGAUACGACUGGACCUCGAGCAACAGCUUUCCGAGAAUAAUUGUCAAAGGGAGUUGCAAGCAGAGGAAGAAAAACGGUUCCAGGAGCAGCAAAUUCAGGCGUGGGCUGAGCGAGAUCGUAUCGACAUUAUGUCCAACGAGAAGCGUCGUCGUAAGAUGAUGGAAUAUAGGCGUGCAGUUCAUGAAUUGCUCGAAGAGAGAAGAAAGAUAAGGACGGAAGAAGUGAAGAGUUUGAUGGAGCAAGAAGAAAGACAAAAACAAGCAGAAAAUCGAAGACAGCAAAUUCUGGAGGAAGAAAGGAUAAAGCUGCUGAAGGAGCAUGCAGCGGCACUGCUAGGGUUCUUUCCUCCAGGCGUAUUGCGUGAAAGUGAUCGUGAAUUUAUCCCAUUACCCAAGCUAAAUCACACAACGAAGUAGUUAAUUGUAGUACAGCAGACGUUUGGUCAAAUGAAGAAUGUGAAUGUUUUUUAAACCUGUUUUACAUCAAAGAAUAAAAAAUAAAUUUCAUAACUAUCA